UUCACAAACUGCUUUUACAGUACAGCGACAUAAAUUGAAAAUGCAGUAGAAAUACAGCAAAAUCGAGUGAAAUAAAUAAACAAUUAUAGUAAUAAUAAAAUUUAAAUGGUGGAUUUAUAGUUUGUGUGAAGAACAGAGUUCGUAUGCAGUAAUAAUGUCCACCACGGCAUAUGAGCACGACGCUGAUGGUUGCAAAUUUAUCCCAGCCACUCAGAGACCUGAUGGCACUUGGAGAAAGCCAAGACGAAUAAAGGAUGGCUAUGUACCGCAAGAGGAAGUACCACUUUAUGAGAGUAAAGGUAAACAGUUCAAAGCGCGACAGAAUACCGGGCUCCCAGUGGGCCUGACUCCGGAAAUAGUAGCAGAAGCACAGAGGUCCAGAAAAAACCAAAGUGGAGUGUUACAGCCUAUACCAGGCAUGGUGAUAAAUGUGGAGAAGAAGAAGAAGAAAAAGAAGACAGCAGGAAUAGAUGAUGCAGCUGAUAAACUUGCCAAAUGUGAAAUAACUGAACCAGUGUUCACUAGUGCAUCCUCAUCACCAGCCAACACACAGGCACCGGCCGAUCCAGCGAAAAAACUCAAGAAUCUAAGAAAAAAGCUCAGGGACAUUGAGUGCCUCGAGGAGAAAAUAAAGUCAGGCAAUCUCAAAAACCCGGAUAAGGAUCAAAGAGAGAAGAUGUCAAAGAAAAACGAUAUCAUAAAAGAAAUUGAACUUUUAGAGAAACAGAAUAGUGUAUAAGUUAAGCCAAAUUAUAUGAGUGACAUUAUAUUUUAUGAUCAGUUUGAUGUGUUGAUUUAUGAACAAGAGUAUGGUAAUGAUAUU